GAGAAUCUCGUGAUCAUGGCAAGAACCAAACAAACCGCUCGCAAGUCCACCGGUGGAAAAGCCCCGAGGAAGCAGCUCGCUACUAAAGCCGCCCGCAAGAGCGCCCCCGCCACCGGUGGCGUCAAGAAGCCUCAUCGUUACAGGCCCGGUACCGUGGCGCUGAGAGAGAUCCGCCGUUAUCAGAAGUCCACUGAGCUGCUGAUCCGCAAACUGCCUUUCCAGCGUCUGGUGAGAGAAAUCGCUCAGGAUUUCAAGACGGAUCUGCGCUUCCAGAGCUCCGCCGUCAUGGCCCUGCAGGAGUCCAGCGAGGCUUAUUUGGUCGGUCUGUUCGAGGACACCAACUUGUGCGCCAUCCACGCCAAGAGGGUCACCAUCAUGCCCAAAGACAUCCAGCUGGCCCGCCGCAUUCGUGGAGAGCGCGCUUAAAUCCACAGCGACGUCAUUCACAUUUGCCCCAAAGGCUCUUUUAAGAGCCACUUCAUUUACCCUCAAAGAGUCACUAUUGUUUUUAUUUAUUUUUAUCAUUCCAGUUUGAAUCUUUGUUAGUAGCUUUUGAAUUGAUUUUAAGUUGUCUGGUAGAUUUCUAUGGCAGCCACUGAUCUAUAUAUAAACUGCCAGCAGUAGGUGAAGCUACCGGAUGUGGCAAAAGUUCCCAUGAAACUGUUAAAAGAAAUUUGUAAUGAAUUAUGCCAAAAUGUUUGUUCAUGUUGUAGAAUAGUCUUAAAAUAUUCGUUAAAUAAUGUAUUAAGUGCAUCUAAAAGAAAGGGAUAUGGGGACACCUACAGGUGACUAGGUAGAGUCGGCCAUUUUCAGUUUUACACAAGCUGUUGAGAAUGGUAGGUGGGAAGUCUCUCUCCGGUCAAACAGAAAUAAAAUGCUGUUAGGGAUGUAUUUAUUUACCUUUUAAGGUCAGAAUUGUUCUUUUAAAAGUGUUUUAUUUCAUAUUUGAGUCAUAAUUGACAUUAUUAUCAAAGAGUUGCUAAUUUAUUUUAUGUCGAAAUUUAUUGUCGAGCACAUGGUAUCCGUUGUAUUUCUCGUUGUUCAUUUUCGCCUGGUUUGUACUGUAAUUUACUUUAUAUUUAUUUCUUGACAGUUGUAUGACUGGAUGAGCUGUAUGUCUUGUCUGUUUGGUGUCAUUUCACAUAUCCUCAGAUAUUUCCAGUAAAUGUGAUG